AAGGUGGCUGUAUAAGCCGAAGAGGACAGACCCACAACUUCUUGCUCAAUUCUACUAUGCAGAUGAAGAGCUAAAUCAAAUUGCAGCUGAACUGGAUGGCCUGGAUGGAAGGAAAGACCCACAAAGAUGCACCCUGCUGGUCAACCAGUUUCGCUCAUGUCAGGAUAAUGUAUUAAACAUUAUAAACCAAAUAAUGGAUGAAUGCAUUCCAUAUGAACGGGCCAACCGUGACUUCUGUGUUAAAUUUCCUGAGGAAAUACGACAUGACAACCUUGCAGGACAACUUUGGUUUGGAGCGGAGUGUUUGGCUGCUGGUUCAAUUAUUAUGAACCGUGAAAUAGAAAGCCUGGCAAUGAGACCACUGGCCAAGGAUCUGACUUGUAGCCUGGAAGAAGUUAGGAAUGUUAUCCGUGACCAAGCUCUUAGGGACUUGAACCUCUACACAGAAAAAAUGAAAGAAGCAUUGAAACAUUUUGACAUCCUGUUUGCAGAAUUUGAGCUAAGUUACGUGUCAGCUAUGGUACCUGUAAAGUCACCAAAGGAAUAUUAUGUACAGCAAGAGGUAAUCGUGCUUUUUUGUGAAACAGUAGAGAGAGCUUUAAAACUUGGAUAUCUUACCCAAGACAUGAUUGAUGACUACGAACCAGCAUUAAUGUUUACUAUUCCAAGAUUAGCCAUUGUAUGUGGGCUUGUUGUUUAUCCAGAAGGACCUUUGAAUCUUGACCGCAAACAAGAAGAUAUGUCUGAACUUUUCAGACCCUUUCACUCUUUGCUAAGGAAAAUAAGGGAUUUACUGCAAACUUUACGUGAUAAGGAGUUAUAUGUUCUGGAAUGUAACCUCUGUAUAUCCCAAGAUUUUGAUUUUCCUGCCAGAGUAGGUCCAGAAGUGUCAUCUGUCCUCAUACCUAACUUAAUGGCAGCUUUGCCCUCUGAUGCCCAAUCUGAAAAACUGCAAAAUACAGAAGCUGAGCUUGCUUGCUCCAUGCAGUAUGAUGAACAGGAGCUGGAACAACUGAAUAGAAUGGUCUACAGAGCAGGAAAUGAGAUGUCUUCUCUGCUCUCGCCACCAAGUGCCUGUACUUCUCCAGCAUGCAAACCUAGUGUGAAGGGUGUAUCAAGCAGAAACACCUCUCCAACUAGAGUUCUCCUGAGCAGCUUGUCUGAUGAAGAGGAGCAAGUGUUUUUUAUUGAUGAUUUAGAUGGAGCAGGAGAUGCUCUUGCUAAGAGAGAUUCAUCCACGGAUACAUUCUGUGAACUCCGUCAUAUUUCAAAGCACCGCACGCCGCUCAGUAAUCCUCUAGUGCAUGAGAGUGGUCACCAGAGAGAGCAGUGUCUCCUCUUAAAACACACAUCUGAGUGUGAUCUCAGCAAUAACAACUGUAUUGAAGAAAGAAAGCAUGCCUCACUUCAAAAUUCUUGCAGUUGUUUUGAAGGCCCUGAUUCACACUUGUACUUCAGUGUCUGGGAUGUAUAUGCUCAUGAUGCAGAAACAGCAGAAAUUAUUGCCCAUAGGACUGGUGGGAUGAAAAUAUCUGCUACUGUUAUAUUUAAUCCCAAAUCUCCCUCAUGUUCAGAACCCCAAACUUCAUCAAAAGUACCAAACAGCUGUACUCUUGGAGAUCCAUGUUAUUUGGCUGAUGAAGAGAGAGAGUUCCAUCAGCUCAGCAUGGUUGCCACAAACUGUCUUGUUAAUUCCUGUGUGUGUUGCGGGAGUUGUGACAACAGCAGAGAGGAGAACAUAGGUUUAAAGACUAACAGUUUUCCAGGAAAAAUUAUAAAUUCAUCUUCCAGUUUACUGAAAUUGAAAGAAAAGGAUCAUCUAGAUAAAAUGGAAAGUACAGUCUCUGUACAAGAGGUGUUAAAAACUGAACCAUACAUUUUGCUAGCAGAAAGAGACCCUCCUGUACAUGAACUAGCUCUCUCUAGCCCCUGUAAGUGCUCUGUACACACGCCAGGUUUUGAUGAGAGAGAAAAGAAUGGAUGCAAAGUGAACAAAAAAAGCACAGGUCAACAAAAGUGUGAAGAAGAAGAAAGACAUAUAAUUGAAAGGUCAUCUGCAAUUAGUGAAGAAAAGAAUGGAAGUAUAGCAAAGGAAGACCAGGACUCUAGACCCAAUUCAAACAGUUUAAUUACAAGCUCCUGUUCGUCUGAUCAGGAAGAAAUCCAGCUAGCCUCACAGGCAGCUAAAAUGACUGCAAUAGAUAAGAUCAGAUCUCGAUUUCACAGCAGCAGUGACCUUAUUCACCGGCUUUUUGUCUGCAUCUCAGGUGUUGCAGACCAGCUGCAGACAAACUAUGCCUGUGACUUACGAAGUAUUUUAAAGACCUUAUUUGAAGUAAUGGCAACUAAACCUGAUACAGAGGACAAGAAAAUACAAAAGAAAGUGAGUUCCCAUUUAAACAGUGCAGCUCUAGAAGAUUGUGUGUUAUGUCAGGAGAUUAUGUCAUCUGAACUUGCAGAAAAAUCCAAGGAUGGAGAUUUUGAAGAUCCUCCUGGAUGGGUGCCAGAUGAAGUCUGUAGUUAUUGCACUGCCUGCAAAGCACCUUUUACAGUAAUUCGCAGGAAACACCACUGUAGGAGCUGUGGAAAGAUCUUUUGCUCUCGUUGUUCUUCUCAUUCUGCUCCAUUGCCUCGGUAUGGCCAGAUGAAACCUGUUCGUGUUUGCACCCACUGUUACAUGUUCCAUGUUACUCCUUUCUACAGUGACAAAUGGGAUAUCUGACAAAUUAGACUAGUGAAGGUAAUAUUUUUCCUAGAUGUGUCUCAUUUCUGAGAGAAAUCAUUUGACCUAGACCAAGAAUAAACUUGAGAGGGGAAGAGAUUAU